CCACCGGGGCUCGAGAUCACCGGGUGACGGUAGGCUACUGCGCGUGCUUUAGUCUCAUCGCAGAAUGACGGUGGCAGGACGCUCCUGAUGAACCUCUCUUGAGCGGUGAACCGUUCAGUCGAUUUGGAUUUGAUCGUCCGGGGAGAUGCACUUUAGGGUCUGAUUUUGGACUUCAGUGUACCGUGGAUGCAUAUCUGUCCCAGACGCAGGGAAAACACUUUCCCUUUAUUCAUUAUGCUACACAUUCAUGAACGCGAUCCAGCCUAAACUGGGCGACAAAUAAAACGAAUUACUCUGCUUUAUCAAGGGACUUCACGACACGCUUUUUCGCAGAAAUGGCCCCUUGGUUUUGAUCUUUAUGACAGAGCAAAGCAGCGCAACAGGACGCAGUUCAUCGCACCUGCUUCAUCGCCGUAUCGGGUAUUUAACGCUCCACUGCCGUUAUGAUGCGCCGUUAGAGUGAAACUGAAGCUGCUCAGGUGAGAAGCAACGGCAUCUCCGCUCCCUGUCACCUGAGAUGGCCAUCAACAAAACCGGCUCCAUGCGUGAUUCGGAUGGUUUUUCCGUCCUGGAGCAGCUGGGACUGGACCAGAACUCUGAUUUCUCAGACUCCUGUGUGCAGCAGCGGUUGGACGAGCAGCGAGAGAGGAUCCGGAGGGAGAUCCGGAAGGAGCUGAAGAUAAAAGCGGGUGCAGAGAACCUGCGGCGGGCCACCACUGACAAGCGCAAUGCCCAGCAGGUGGAGAGCCAGUUACGCAGCUCCAGCCGCAAACUGGACUCGCUCCACGCUCAGCUGCAAGAGCUGGACGCCCACAUCGUAGUCAAGGGUCACGAUGACAGCAAAGAUGACCUUCAGUCUCUUGGGAUACCAGGUCGCUCCUCAGCCAAUCAGGACAGGAUUAAGGCUCUGGAGCGACAGCUCAACAUCGAACUGAAGGUCAAACAGGGGGCAGAAAACAUGAUCCCCAUCUAUGCCAAUGGGCUUACCAAGGAUAAAAAGCUGCUUCAGUCAGCUCAGCAGAUGCUGCAGGACAGUAAGACGAAGAUUGACAUCAUCCGUAUGCAGAUCCGUAAAGCCAUGCAGGCCACUGAACAGACAGACGACAUUCAGGGUAAGCCGGAUCUGUGUGGGGUGGAGCUCCGUAUCGAGGAGCUCUGGCAUCAUUACCGUGUUGAACAUGCCAUGGCCGAGGGCGCCAAAAACAUGCUGAGACUUCUGGGAGCUGGAAAAGCACAGGACAAGAAGGCCAUCGCUGAGGCUCAGUCUCGUCUCAGCGAAGCGUCCCAGCGCUUGGAUCUUCUGCGAGUGUCGUUAGAGCAGCGUUUGGUCAAUCUACCAGAAGAUCAUCCGAAAGUGUGUCUGAUCAAGGAGGAGUUAGUGUUGGCGUCGUCCUCGUCCUUCAGCUCCCGUCACAGCGCUCCCUACGUCCACAAUCAGUACAGCACCCUCAGCAAACCCUCGCCGCUCACCGGGACGCUGCAGGUGCGUCUGCUGGGGUGUGUGGGCUUGUUGGAGGUCGUCCCGGGCCGCAGUCGCACGUCUCCGAUGGUUUUGCCUCACUUCAGUCCCGGAGACGGACGACCCUUCAAACUCACUCUGAGCAGCAGAAACAGCAGCUUCAGCCUGAAGAUUCCCAGCAAGAGCGAAGAGCUGUCCUCGGAGGUGAGCGCGGUGUUGAAGCUGGAGAACUGUGUGGUGGGACAGACGUGCUGGAGGAGUGUUGGUGAACAGACGUGGGAUAAGACCUUCACUCUGGAGCUGGAGAGAUCCAGAGAGAUGGAGAUCGCGGUGUACUGGAGGGACUAUCGCUCGCUCUGCGCGCUCAAGUACCUGAAGCUGGAGGACUUUCUGGACAAUCAGAGACACCGAAUACAGCUGGAGCUCGAACCGCAGGGACUGCUGCUCGCCGAGGUGAUGUUCUUCAACCCUGUGAUAGAGCGAGGUCCACGUCUACAGCGGCAGAGGAAGGUGUUUUCCAAACAGCAGGGCAAAGCGUUCCUGCGCGCGAAACAGAUGAACGUGGAUAUGGCGACGUGGGUUCGUCUGCUGAAGAACGCCAUUCCCAUGAGCUCCUCAACACACAGCUACACACAUCACAGCAACACACACAACAGCAGCAGUGAGAUUUCCAUCCAGAAGAUCCAGCUGGAUGACGACUCUCCUCCAUCUGUGACGAGGAAAAACACACAGACGUCAAACACGGUGGACAUAGGCCCAGCGUCCGAGCCAGUCUCUCCUCCUGAUCCUGCUCCUCCGGAGAGGGCUGUCAGGACCAGUUCCCAUAACUCCCAGCGCAGGCCGUCCAAAAGCUCUCUGUGUCUUCAGGAUUUCCGAAUGAUCGCAGUGUUGGGCCGAGGACAUUUUGGCAAGGUGCUGCUCUCUGAAUACAAACGCUCAGGGAAGGUGUACGCCAUCAAAGCGCUUAAGAAAGGGGACAUUGUGGCACGAGAUGAGGUGGAAAGUUUGAUGUGCGAGAAGCGAAUCUUCGAGACGGUGAACAGUGCACAGCAUCCGUUCCUGGUCAACCUGUUUGCGUGUUUUCAGACGUCAGAACAUGUGUGUUUUGUGAUGGAGUACACGGCCGGUGGAGACCUCAUGAUGCACAUACAUGCUGACGUCUUCUCUGAAACACGCUCCGUGUUUUAUUCUGCAUGUGUGGUUUUGGGGCUUCAGUUUCUUCAUGAUAAUAAGAUUGUGUAUCGAGAUCUGAAGCUGGAUAACCUGCUGCUGGAUACUGAAGGUUAUGUGAAGAUUGCAGACUUUGGUCUUUGUAAGGAGGGAAUGGGUCAUGGCGACAGAACCAGUACAUUUUGUGGGACUCCAGAGUUUCUUGCUCCUGAGGUUCUAACAGACACAUCCUACACCAGAGCUGUAGACUGGUGGGGUCUUGGUGUGCUCAUUUACGAGAUGUUGGUUGGAGAGUCACCGUUCCCUGGUGACGAUGAGGAGGAAGUGUUCGACAGCAUUGUAAAUGAUGAAGUACGUUACCCAAGAUUCCUCUCCACCGAGGCCAUUGGUAUCAUGAGACGGCUGCUGAGGCGUAAUCCUGAGAGACGACUGGGCUCCAGCGAGAGAGACGCAGAGGACAUCAAGAAACAACCCUUCUUUAGAAAUAUGGACUGGGAUGCGCUUUUGCAGAGGAGAGCUCCUCCUCCUUUCGUUCCCGCAGUGAAGGGAAAGGAAGACGUCAGUAAUUUUGACGCCGAGUUUACGAACGAAGCUCCAACCUUGACACCUCCUCGUGAACGCCGGACCCUAUCGCGGAAAGACCAGGACUACUUCAGGGACUUUGACUAUGUCUCUGACUUCUGCUAGGACACGAUUGUGCAUACUGACGCUGCUAGGUAUGGGAGAUAUGGUUCUCGCAUCCUAGUCCCCAUCAAGGCUGCUUGGCGUGAGGACUGACACUUCCUCAGAGGCUUCCUGCCAAUGGAACAUGGGUUUGUUCAACAUGAAACCAUAAGGAGAGUAAGAGUACUGGAGCCAUGAGAGUGAUUGGACCUUGAGGAAAUGACUCCAUCUGGAGGUACAUCAAUCAUGAAGAGAUUCAAGAAUCCACAUAAUGUGAAGCUCUGAAAGCUGGUGGCCACAAUGUUUUCUCGCCCUGUUUGCAAAGAGGGAGGAUUUUCAAAUGUUCAGUCAGCCUCAUUCAUGACAUUAUCCUUAGCACCAGAUGCUAAUGAAGUCAUUAAUCUUGUGAAUAGAGUGCUGCAGGGAUGACCAAUUUUUGUAGGCCAGUGCGCAUUUCAGCACUUCUGGUUCCAUCAUUGUGAAGUUAAUGUUUUUUUGUAUUUGAAUGGGUUUUUGGUUAAAUGUCUGAAAUAAGGUCUGGGGUUAACACAAGCUCAACAUAUUUUCACUCUUUACUCUACAACAUAGUACUCUACAAGUGCAUCAAUAAUACCCCCUUGUCUUGAAAAAGGCAGUUGUUAAAAAGUGUCUAAAUAGUAGGGGUGUAACGAUAAAUCAAAUGCAUCGCAAUUCUCUCUGAAACCGAUUCUGAGCUUAGUUUUAACAGCAGGUGGCACUGCAUGCUUUAGAAACAGCUUGCUUUCAGUUCCUUACACAUACACACACCACUUGAACUUAAAAUAAUCAUUCAUAAAGUUCAAAAAGGUUGAAGCGAAUUACAAGAGUGUUCACAGUGGGUUGUGUUUACAUUAAUCUUGUGUAAUAAAAGCAGAGGUGCAAGUACAUUUAAGCACUCAGUUGAACGCACAAGCGGUCUUCUUCGUGAGCAUUUGAGUGUGCAGUUAAAAACUAGCCUAAAGCGCCAUCUGCUGUUAAAAACUAAGUUCAGAAUCGAUUCAAGAGAGAAUCGCGAUGCAUUAGGAAAAUCACAGAAUCGAUCCAUUAAUCGAUUUGUCAUUACACCCCUACUAAAUAGGACUACAGAGGUUGUUGGGUACUUUACCUGUUCAGCGUGAUGUACUCAUCCACUCACAAGUCACUUGCACAGCCCUAAACUGUAGUGGUGUAGUUCAUUCAUAGCCUACAUUUAGCUGUUAUUAGCUAGUGAUUAUAUUUAGGCUUCAAAAUUCACACAAGUUGUUAGAUUAUCAUAAUGAAAACUCAUGAACUUUUGUUGGUCACAGAUCUUAUUUUCUGCAAUAAUCCAAAGGCUAAUGGAACAAAUCAUACUGGGUUUUGUGGAAGAAACCAGGGUGAUGCUAAUUUAUGGAUUGCCGGCCUACAAAAAUAAAUCACUGCAGCACUCUAUGAGAGCUUGUUGACUAGCAGAGUACAGUUUUAUGGUACUGACCUGAGUAAAAUGGCUCACUGAAUUCUCCCUUUUCCUGUCUUUUUGUCUCCAUUUUCUUUUUUGACCAAUGUAUCCAUAUAUCACACACAAUCCAGAGACCGUUUACUUCUGUAAUACACUCAUUUAACCAGACGAGGGCAGCAGAGAGCUUGAGAGUAGUUGGAAACACUGUUGUGUCAGGUGUUGGUUGUUUUGAGAUCCUUGUUUUGAGUUUGUAUGCGUUUACUGUGUUAUGAGCAUGUCCCUUAAUGAAAGGCAGCAUCAACCUCUAGAUUUGUAUUUUUUUAGAGAUUCUGUUUUUCUUUCUCACUGAAACUUGACUAACUAUGGAAAUGCUAUGCCUGAAUAUUACCAUAUUAAACAAUUCAACUCUU